GGCCAGAAGGUUAGAGAAGUUUCUGGGCUCCGCGCGGAAGCUUUUAUUGAGGCUCCCGGCGGGCGGCUCGGGGAGAGGCGCGCAGCACGCGGAGGGGAGCGAGCGAGAACCGGGACGAAAUCAGCUUCUUAAUCUUGGGAAUUAUCUCUUGUGGGUUUUUUUUUUUUUUUUUUUCCUUCCCCUCCUCUGCGCGCCGAGAAGUUUUACCUUCCUCUCCCCGAUCCCUGGGAUCGAAGCCAGACAGGAAGCGUUUUUCUCCCUGCCGCCCGGAGAACUCGCUCCCGCCUCCCCGCACUGCUGAAGCCUCGGCUGCUUCAGCCCCGCAUCCGUCCAUCCAUCCUUCCGAUUUAUUUAUUUAUUUAUUUAUAAUUAUUCGUCUCGGCCUCCCGGAGGGAGGAUCCCGCUGCCGCCGCCGCCGCCGCCGCCCGGGAGCCGGACCCCUCCCCGCGCGCCCGGCGCCGGGUGGAUGCCUCUGCCGCUCCCCGGGGAAGCCCGCGGCCAGGAGCAGGCAGGCGAGCGCUGAGGGCGCAGCGGCGAGCCCCGGCCACGCUCACGGCCCUUCGCUUCGCACCGCCGCCGCCGCGCAGGCAGCCAUGGCCGACAGCCAGAUGCCCUUCUCGUGCCACUACCCCGGGCGGCGCAGCGUCCGCGACCCCUUCAGGGAGCCCGGCCUGACCUCGCGCCUCCUGGACGACGAUUUCGGCAUGUCGCCCUUCCCCGGGGACCUCACCGCGGACUGGCCCGACUGGGCCCGGCCCCGGCUCACCACCACCUGGCCGGGCCCGCUGCGCACCGGCAUGGCCCGCGCCUCGGGCAUGGCCCCCGGCUACGGCGCCCACUUCGGCGGCUACCCCGAGAGCCGCAGCCCGGCGCCCUUCUCCCGCGAGCCCUGGAAGGUCUGCGUCAACGUGCACAGCUUCAAGCCCGAGGAGCUGACGGUCAAAACCAAGGAUGGCUACGUGGAGGUGUCAGGUAAACAUGAGGAGCAGCAGGUGGAAGGAGGAAUCGUCUCCAAGAACUUCACAAAGAAAAUCCAGCUCCCCUACGAGGUGGAUCCCGUCACAGUCUUCGCCUCCUUAUCUCCAGAGGGGCUGCUGAUAAUCGAAGCGCCCCAGAUCCCCCCCUACCAGCAGUACGGAGACGGCAGCUGCGGCAGCGAGAUCCCCAUCGAGAGCCAGGAGGCGACCUGCGCUUGAGGCACCCGUCCCCGCUCCCCUCCCCUCGCCCGGGUUUUUCCUCUCCCCUCUCCCUCCCCACUAAGAUUUCUCUCCGAUUCCAGCUGUGCUUGCAUUAGCAGGACAGAAGCGUCUACUGGGCAUGGGAUAGCCUCCUGGCGGGCCCGCCGCCCUGCUCGAACCCCGGGUGCCGGCGGUGGGGUGCCGACGCCUGUGUGCCGCGGGCCGCCCUGCUCGGCGCGGGGCUGCGCAGGGCGGGGGGACGUUGCACCCCAGCACUCGCCAUCCCCGGGGACGAGCGGGCGGAGAAACGCCGCUCGCAGCCGUUCCCGGGCAGAGCCGGGAGCGGGGUCUUCCCGCGACCCCUCGCCACGGCACCGCUGCCUCUGCCAGCGCCCGUCGCUUACUGUUCUGACGUGACCCCGCUCACGGGUGAGGAAUUUGCAUUUACAAGAUGCAGGCAAUGGCUGAGAAACACUGGCAGACAGUUCCCGGGCUCUGCUGCGGGCUCCCGCCAGCGGGGCUGUGCUCGAACCGGGGCGGGCAGCUCCCUUGCUCUGACUUCUCCCUUCAUCGCAUCCGCUUGCCAGUAACCGUCCGACAAGCCCACAGUUUCACCGAGGUUUUACAGAGGUCUUACAUGCUCCAGUAGAGCUUAUCUGUAUAUCAGACCGCACAAAAUAGAUGUCUUCAUUAUUAUCAUUUUUUUGCUAUCAGGUGGUAAGAUUGGAUAUUUAUAACAAUAGCAAAACAAAAGUACCCAUUUCUUCUCUUAAAUUAAAGUGGGAUCCUGUGUCUUUUUCUCCUCCUUUUUGUUUUUGAGCUACAUCUCUAAGCAGCCUCUUGCCAGCAUGAAGACGAUGGCCGGUGCAGAGAUUGCUGAGCACAGCGUUGCUCCGCAGCCCGGCAACCCCCUAGGCCAGGCCUCCUUAGAAAUGCAACUGUCUGUGUGUCCUGAAUGUUUUUCGUUUUCCAAAGAGAACUUGUGCUUUUAUUUGACAGACUUGAGGAAUAAACACGAGUUGACGUUCUUA